AUGGCGCAAUCUCUAAAUGUCAUCGCGCUGAUCUCGGGAGGUAAAGACUCGCUCUUCUCCAUACUCCAUUGUCAAGCAAACGGCCACCGCGUCGUGGCCCUGGCCAACCUGCACCCGGGGCCCUUGCCUAAUGGCGAAGAACAGGACACAAACAGCUACAUGUACCAGACGGUCGGCCACUCUGUAGUCCCUCUGUACUCGCAGGCGCUCGAUCUGCCGCUGUACCGUCGGCAAAUCACGGGUACAGCAGUCGAUUCGAACAGGGAUUAUGCGGCGCCGUUGACAUCUUCUUCUUCUCAGCAGACGCAUGAUGACGAGACAGAAGAUCUUGUCCCAUUGCUUAAACGCGUAAUGCAAGCCCAUCCAACCGCCAACGCCAUAUCCACCGGCGCAAUCCUAAGCACCUACCAGCGCACGCGCGUAGAAUCCGUAGCCCUCAGACUAGGUCUUACGCCGCUGGCGUACCUGUGGCAGUACCCACUGCUCCCGCCGUGCGAGCAGUCUGCGCUCUUGCGCGACAUGCGUGCCGUUGGGCAACAAGCAAUUAUCAUUAAGACGGCUUCUGGCGGGCUCGACUCUUCUUUUUUGGGGCUGGAUGUCGCUGGGGGCCCGGCCGCUGUGGCGCGGUUGAGUAAGGCUAUGGGGAUGUUUGGGGAUGAAGUGGGUGCUGGGGCGAUUUUGGGCGAGGGGGGCGAGUUCGAGACGCUGGCGGUGGAUGGGCCCGGGCCGCUGUGGAAAAAGAGAAUUGGGGUUGAAGGGGAAGCGGUGGUAUUGGAGGGGGGGCAGACGGUGCUGAGGGUUGUGAAGAGUUGGGUGGAGGAGAAGAGUGGAAUGGGGGAUGUAGCGGCGCUGAGGGUGCCGGAGGUGUUUGAUGAUGAGUUUGCGAAGGUGUUGGAAUCGAUCGAGGAUACGACGACGGAUGUUGUACCGGAGAGUACCACUACGCUCACCAACAACCCAUCAAGUCGUACCCCCGUCUCCCUCCCUACAAACACCAUCCGCUCAACCCCCACCCUCCUCACCAUCUCCAACCUCACCUCCCCCACCCCCACCCCCUCAUCCCCCUCCCACCAACUCUCAUCUAUCCUCCUCCUCCUCUCCCACCACCUCUCCAACCACCAUGUUCAAAAAUCAAACAUAACCCACACCACCCUCCUCCUCCGCUCCAUGUCCACCUUCACCCUCCUAAACCCCCUCUACGCCUCCUUCUUCACCGCCAUCAACCCCCCCUCCCGCGUCACCGUCGCCUGCGACACCGCCAUGCCGGAAGGUGUUGACGUGAUGCUCAGCGUAAUCGCGGAGCGGAGCGAAAAGAGAGAGGGAUUGCACGUCCAGAGUAUGAGUUAUUGGGCUCCGGCGAAUAUUGGGCCGUAUAGUCAGGCUGUUUCUGUCCCGCUGCCUACUUCUACUUCCCUUACCUCUGCGGGCGAUGAGGAUGCGGAGGAGGCACAGGAGAACAAGGUAGGAGACAUGGUCUACAUAGCCGGCCAAAUCCCCCUGCACCCCGCCUCAAUGUCCACCUACACCUCGCGCGGAGUCGCCGGCCAAGUCGUGCUUUCGCUGCAGCAUCUGUGGCGGAUUGGCGCGGUAAAAGGGGUACGGUGGUGGUGUGGUGGUGGUGUUGCUUACAUCCCUUCUUCUAACACGUCCUCUUCCAUUCACACAAUCCAAAAAGCCUGGCGCACCAUCCACCUAUCUUCGCAUCAGGACUCGCGUCUGCGAGAAGAGGAUGCGCAAGAAGAUGAAGAUAUAGACCCCUGGGACGCUCUAAACACCCACUCUUCUUCCUUCUCCGACAAAACACCUAGACACCGGAUCCCGCAUUACUCUGCUCUCCACAACACCAGUGCAGACGAGGCGGCGAUACCGCCGUGUUUCGUAGUCCAAAUCUCCUCUCUACCGCGCAAUGUAGAUGUCGAAUGGAGCGCCAUGGGCUUGACUUCUCUUAACAUUACCUUUUCGCGAGAUGGUGAGAUGCUUGGGACGACAACAACGACGGUGCAAGGUAGCCUGGCACGAUUUUUCAGCCUGGAAUUGUCUAGGGAAGGGGAUGUCAACGUAUUAGCGGGACGGGAGUGGACGGUGGGUACUCUUUACAUUUCACGGGAUUCAGGGUUGGGGGAGCGGCUGGGGGGUGUUGUAGCGAAGGGAGGUGUGCAGUGGGUUCCUUGUGAGCGGGUGUGGGGGGAGGAAGGGAGGGAGGUUGGGGCUGUAUUUGUGGGACGGGUGGAUGAGUGA